ACAGCAUAUAGGGACAUCUCCCCUGCGGAUAACAGGCUCAACAAAUCAGUUUGGUAGCUGUCUUGUGUGUCUCAUUCAUGUAUGUUAUGUUGGGAAGGUGCAGACGAAGGUUUUGGGUACUGUUGGUUAGUCGGGCGUUUUGUGUGUCGCACCCUGUUCUUAGUUGUAGGACAUGCAAUCUCCAUCAGUGAACAAACGUAUUUUCAGUUUGGUAUGCAUAUACAUGAGGGCGAAGGUCGAGGACUUCAGGGCCGGCGAGAAGUGGGCAAAGAACUUCGUGAAGCGCAACAACAUCCACAGCGUGCGACUUCAUGGCGAGGCUGGUAGCGUCAACAUGGCGGCUAUCAAGGAGGGCAUGGACGAAGUCAGGGCCCUUUGCGCGAAGUACCCGGCUAGGUUCAUCUUCAACGUCGACGAGACAGGCCUCCAGUGGAAGCUCCUGCCCAGGCGCACGUACCUUUCCACCUCGGAGGAUCGGAAGACGGCGCGGGGUUCAAAGAGCAUGUACUUCAAGGACCGACUGUCUGCCUUCAUGUGCUGCAACGCCGACGGCACUGCGAAGGUUGACAUGGCCAUCAUCGGGAGGGCAAAGGAACCCCGCUGCUUCAAGAGCGCGCCUUCACCUCUCAAGUACUACUCGCAAACCAACGCGUGGUCCGACUCUGCGACGUUCCUCAAGUGGUGGCUUCAAGUCUUCCUCCCGUUCGUUCGGCGCUUCACUCACGAACCUGUGCUGCUGCUGAUGGACGGCUGUGCCUCUCACGGUGAUCUCGUGGAUGACCGGGGGCAAGUGACCGUCAAGUUCUACCCUCCGAAGUGCACCUCCGUACACCAGCCCAUGGAUCUGGGGAUCAUUGCCAAGACGAAAGUGGUCUUCAGGAAGGAGUUGCUCGACGUGAAGACAUCAACUAUGUUGGUGGCUGACACACUUCGCGCCCAGGCGAAAGCCCGCAAGAUGAAGGCCGGGACAAUGGGGCUGGCGCAAGGGCACCAACCUCAUCUGCGGGACGCCGCAGAACUUCUCAAGAAAGCAUGGGCCAGCAUCACCGCCCAGGAUAUCGCCAGGUGCUUUGUCAAGGCCGACACGCUUCCGUCAGAGAUGGCGGCUGAGCUCACCACACAACACGGAAAGACCCGGUUCAGCAUCGCCGAGCCUGACCUGAAGGCUCUCACGGAGACCGUCAACAAGUUGAGCACGAGCGUCGGCGAAGCGCAAAAGCAAGGAGCCGGCAUCGUAGACGAGGAAAUCAGCGAGCUCUUCGCAGAACUCGACAUCGAACCCGGAAAGCCGGUCGAGGAAGAAGCGGUGAGCGCGAUUCGGGGGUGGGCUACCAUCGAGGACGACGAGGAGGUGACGGAGGCUCUUCGACUGGACGCAGCGGACGAAAUGGCGGAACUGCUGGCUGGAAUGCAAGUGACUACCGGCGGUGAUGAGGAGGACGAAGUGGAGGGCAGUGACGAUGACAACUCGGGGCCCGAGCGCCGUGCUCCACCCGAUUAUACUGAGCUGUCGCCUCACUUCAGCGUCCUGGAAGCGGCAGCAGAUGAGAGUGGCAACGCAGACGCGGCGUUCUUCCUAACGAAAGCGAAGAUGGCGAUGAUUGCAGCGCAUUCCGCUAGGCGGGUGCGCCAGGCAGACAUGAGAGAGUUUGUUGCUGGUACAGAGUAA